AUGUCCAACACCACCUCAGUCACCAGUUCCGCCUCGGCUGCCUCUAGUAGCGCCGCCGGGUUGGUCGAUACCCAUUCUAACCCUUCCUUCAAGAUUGUCGGUAUAUGUCUUGCAGUGGGGAGUGGAUUCUUCAUUGGGACUAGUUUUGUGGUCAAGAAGAAGGGUUUGUUGAGAGCCACGGCAAAAUAUGGAAAUGGGGCGGGGGAAGGACAUGGGUAUCUGAAGAGUGUUUUAUGGUGGACAGGGAUGAUCAUGAUGAUUGUUGGAGAGAUCCUGAACUUUGUAGCUUAUGCUUUCACAGAAGCUAUCUUAGUCACCCCCAUGGGUGCGCUUUCCGUUGUCAUAUGUGCUAUCCUGUCCCAUUUCUUCCUCCGGGAGACGUUGACAUUCUUCGGAUGGAUAGGCUGUACACUUUGUAUCAUAGGAGCUACCAUCCUCGCUCUCAAUGCUCCAGAACAACAAUCCGUCACCACCAUAGAAGGCUUCAAACAUCUUUUCCUCUCUGUGGGAUUUUUAGUUUGGGCAGGGGUGCUCAGCGCUACUUCUCUCGUGUUGGUCUUCUACGCCGCCCCGCGAUGGGGAAAGAAAACCAUGAUCAUUUAUAUCGCUAUCUGCUCUUUGAUCGGGGGGAUCAGUGUCAGUUGUACUCAAGGAUUGGGAGCUAGUAUCGUUACGAGUAUACAGGGGUGA